CUGGUGACUCCCUUGCUUUCCGUUUCUGGUACUUGAGUUGGCUACCGCCUACUACUGCCCACAUUCACAAAAAAUGAUUGCUCAAUUGUGGGAAUCCAUCACCAUCCCACCACUAAACCAAAAUCCCCCUAAACCUCACCCUUACCCUCACAUGCCCAACACUCUCUCCUUGCUUGAUAAGCCAAUAAGUUCAAGCACCUAUGCUUCAAUUCUCGAAUCUUGCAAUAACCCAAGCCUAGGAAAACAGGUCCAUGCUCAUACUUUCAAGACUGGGUUUUUCGGGCAGGAGUUUGUGGACACCAAGUUGCUCCAAGUGUAUGGGAAGUUUGGUUGUUUGGACGACGCGGAUUUGUUGUUUGAUAAAAUGACGCUAAGAAACUUGUAUGCUUGGACAGCUAUGCUUAGUUUGUAUGUUGAUAAUGGGCUUUUUGAAGAAGCUUUUUCGCUUUUUGAGAAACUACAGUUUGAGGAUGUUUUAUUGGACUUUUUUGUGUUUCCUGUUAUAUUAAAAAUUUGUGGUGGUCUUGGUAAUGUGGAAAUAGGAAGACAACUGCAUGGGAUUUUGAUUAAAUAUCAGUUUGUUUCUAAUAUUUAUGUAGGUAAUGCUUUGAUUGAUAUGUAUGGUAAAUGUGGAAGCCUGGAUGAUGCUAAGAAAGUUCUAGAGACAAUGCUUAAAAAGGAUCGCGUGUCAUGGAAUGCCGUUGUUACCGCUUGUGCUACCAAUGGGAAGGUUUAUGAAGCAUUGAGUUUUUUUGAAAGAAUGUCUUUGUUUGAGAAUUCAAAACCAAAUCUUGUUUCUUGGAGUGCGGUUAUUGGGGCUUUCUCAAAAAAUGGUUAUGAUGAGGAAGCCAUUGAGAUGUUGUUUAGAAUGGUACGGGAAGGCAUUGAACCAAAUGCACAAACUCUAGCAAGCGUUCUUCCAGCUUGUGCUAGAUUACAGAAGUUGAGGCUUGGCAAAGAAUUUCAUGGAUAUAUCACUAGGCGUUCGUUUAUGUCUAACCCUGUUGCUGUCAAUGGAUUGAUUGAUGUGUAUAGGAGGUGUGGUGAUAUGACAAGCGCUUUCCAUUUGUUUUCAAAGUUCUCAGUGAAAAAUGUGGUUUCUUGUAAUACAAUGAUUGUUGGGUACUGUGAAAAUGGUAAUGUCUCAAAGGCCCAGGAGCUAUUUGAUCAGAUGGGUAUCAUGACUAUCAAGAAGGAUAUAAUUUCAUGGAACACUAUGUUAUCUGGAUAUGUAAACAACUCCCUAUUUAAUGAAGCUUUGAACUUAUUUAAGCAUAUUCUGAUGGAAGAUGGAAUUGAGCCUGAUUCUUUCACUCUGGGAAGUGCUCUAACAGCUUGUGCUGACACGGCUUCUUUGAGACUUGGUAGAGAGAUACAUUCUCAAGCAAUUGUUAGAGGCCUGCAAUCUAAUACCUUUGUUGGUGGAGCAUUGGUAGAAAUGUUCUGCAAAUGUCAAGACCUAACGGCUGCUCAAAAUGCUUUCAAUGAAGUAAGUGAGCGUGAUACAGCAACAUGGAAUGCUUUGAUAUCUGGCUUUGCCCGCUGCAAUCAGAUUGAAAACAUGCAGCAUCUGCUUAGAAAAAUGAAAGAAGAUGGUUUUGAGCCAAAUGCUCAUACGUGGAAUGGUAUUAUUGCAGGUCAUGUGGAAAAUGAUCUACACGAUAGAGCCAUUAUGUUGUUCUCUGAAAUGCAGACUUCAACUAUGAGGCCUGACAUUUACACUAUUGGAAUAAUUCUACCUGCUUGUUCAAGGUCGGCCACCAUUGAGCGGGGAAAGCAGGUUCAUGCACAUUCAAUUAGAUGUGGUUAUGAUACUGAUGUCUACAUAGGAGCAGCCCUUGUGGACAUGUAUGCUAAAUGUGGGAGCAUACAGCAUGCACUACUAGCAAAUAAUAGAAUUUCAGACCCAAAUUUGGUGUCCCACAAUGCCAUGCUCACAGCAUAUGCCAUGCAUGGGCACGGGGAGGAUGGAAUUGUUCUCUUUAGAAGAAUAAUAGCAAAUGGCUUUAGGCCAGAUCAUGUCACUUUUCUUUCCGCUCUUUCUUCAUGUGUUCAUGUUGGGUCGAUUGAGAUGGCUCAGGAAUUAUUUUGUUUGAUGCAGCAAUAUGAUGUCAAACCCACCAUAAAACACUAUACAUGCAUGAUUGAUUUGCUAAGUAGGGCAGGUCAGCUUAACGAAGCUUAUGAACUUAUCAAGAGAGUUCCAAUGGAAGCUGAUUCAGUGACGUGGGGCGCCUUGCUUGGUGGCUGCGUUCUUCAUGGUAAUGUUGAGUUGGGACAAAUUGCAGCAGAGAGGCUUAUAGCGUUGGAGCCAAAUAAUACUGGUAACUAUGUAUUGUUGGCAAAUUUAUAUGCUUAUGCUGAAAAAUGGUCUGAUGUAGCAAGAACAAGACAGAAAAUUAAAGACAGUGGAAUGUUUAAGAAUCCAGGAUGUAGUUGGAUUCAGGACAGGGAUGAUAUCCAUGUAUUUAUUGCAUAUGACAAGUCUCAUGAGAAAACAGAAGACAUCUAUGCUACUUUGGAUAAACUAACCCUUCACAUGAAAACAUUUGCUUUGUAA